GAAGAAUUUUGGGAAACUAGUAGAGAUACCUGGGUUGUUAGCUGUUCUGUCAUGCAGUGCGGUUAUUGGGGUUACUUGGUUCUCGAUAAUCUCCAUAAUGCUGAAUUUAGUAGGAAAAAGGAAAGCUCUGCCGACAAAAACUAGUCCAGUGAUGGAUCAGAAGAAAGCCAAGGUCUUGGCUAGGAUUGGUAGGAAGACAGCCAUUCCAGUCGCAUCUACCAGCAAAGCUUCAACAUCAAUGACAAAAGCAAAAGGUGCCAAGGCAGCUCCAAAACCAACACCAUCGACCUCAAAGGCAGCGAUUAAACCAGAAAAAGCUACGGACCGAAAGGUUAAGCGGUCUUCAAAGAAGUAAGACCUCGCUUUGUCACAGUAUAUUUGUGUGUAUAUUUUAAUUUUUUAUAUAUUCAACAAUCUCUAUUCCUUAAUUGUACUCAAGUAUUAGAUGUACAUAUCAUAAUGUUUUCAAAAAAUUUUGUGCUAUGUAUUCUCGAAAGUUUGGAUGGAGGAAUUUUUUGAGGGGCUUAUUCACGAAUAUUUUGUUCAAUUUUUAGUUAACGGUGGUCAAAUAUAAAAAUUAAAAGCGUGAUUUCCUUUUAUACGAAAAAUUUCUCUCACCAGCAAGUGGCAAUGUUCAUAAGUAUAGAGUUGACAUUGAAUUUAAUACAAUAAUACAUUGUAACUAAAGAGAUAUUUUACAACAAUAAUUUAUGUAAUAUGUUAUUAUUGGGUAUUAUAUAAAUUCGACUUUAUUUUUUUUGUAAUCAUUACAAAAUAGUACAUACUUCGACGCUUUCGAGAUCUUCAAAUAAAAGGAGCUAUGUUGAACUUUCCCGAAGUGAUUUUGUGCAAAUAUUGUGGUCAAUAACAAAAUUGUUACAUGUGUAUUUAGAGGGGUGGAGUAUGUACUGAGAGAUCUUAGGAAUUAUUUACAAGCUACUUUUAAAUUGUUUCCAAAUAUUUGGACAAAUUUACUUGUAAAAUUUUGAUUGAUUUAUCUUUCAUAUUAAAAUUUUUGUGCUAAGAGAUUUCUCAUUUGUCGCAACACACUCAAAAUGAUUUUCUAGUGAUAAUGGGGAAGGUCUAGGUAUACUAUAUUAUGGUUCGGUAUGGUUGACUUCCCUAUAAAUGCAAAACACUGGUUUAUUUAGGCUUAUAUUUAAGAAUCUUGUCUUUGUGUCAGUGAUUUCAUACUCAAGCUCUAUAAUACAGUAUAGCCCUAUGGACUUGAUAGUACACUGCUGCCUAAAAAUUACGAUGAAUUUUUGGGCGACUUUAUUUGACCAUAAGAGGACGACACACGACGUGCGGCGCUGCCACACUUAAUCGUGUCCCAUGGCUGACGCUGCGUAGUCAUCCGCGAGGUACAUUUUUUCAGUAGUCCAUGCAAAGCGAGCUGUUGGGAUGAUCUGCCUAAUGAGACAGAUGCGCGAACUCUCAUAUUGUAGGGAGUCGCGAGGUGUUUUAUAUCAAGGUAAUAUGAUUUUCUCCUUUCUUUGUUGAUGACUUUCCUAGUUAAAUGACUAUGUUAACUGUAAGAUGGCAGGCAGAGCCAUAGAAACGACGUAUGCCUCAGCCAAAAUGACACAAAUUGUGUCAUAUGGAAAUGCCCAUCUAAAUAGUUCAUAUAUUAGAUUGGACAAUUGGGAAGAGAUUUAUUUAUAGUGGUGUAUCUGGGCCUUUGCAAUUCAUCCUUGAUUGCAUGUAUCGGAAAUUGAAAGUACAAACUAAAAUAAUUGCCGACAGGAUUUCUAUUUAUAAAAUUGCGUAUCCAGUGUUUCAUGUUUGUAAAUAAUAUAGGCUAUUUUUUAGAAAUUAUACUAUAUAAGAGGAAAACAUUUAUAAUUAAGAUCUUGCUAUAUGACAUUCUGUGGCACAAAAUUUCAUCGGCAAAGUAAUUUGUUCCUUUCAUAUUAGUAUUAUUUAAUAAAGAGUCUCCACAUUAUACAGAAAAAUUCAUAGGAGAACAUGAACACAGUUGAAACUCUCAAAGAAUAACCUAGUUACAGGGUAAAACUACAGUAGAGAAUUUAUUCUAGACUGUUUUGCGUAGCCUAGUUGUAAGUAAUGGAAGAAUCGUAGGAAAAUACCCUUCAAGAAACACUAGUUAUUUUAUUUUAUAGUACGCAUCAAUAUUUUUCCUCGAGUUUGUUAACUUUUGCUACUCCAAAACAAUUUUUGUGUGUAAAUAUUAAGGUAUUAAGGUUUAUCAAAAAAUAUAACGUAGCUCCUAGAAUGACCUUACGGAAAAAUGACACAAAGGUUGGUAUUUCGACAACUUUCGUUUGAUCACAGGGGAACAUUUAUAAAAAUUAUACAAGGUGUUAGUUAAUAAUAGGCUAUAAUUACAAGACGCAUUUCUGAAUUUACAUAGAAAAGUAUAAAAGUUCAUAUAAACAUGAGUCCAAAAAAUCUGGUUUCCAAGUUACAGGGUGACAAGGUUUACAAAAUCUACAGAGGAAAUAUGUCCGUAACAUCAGAAAAACAUUACCAAGCAACAAUCAAAGUUUGCUUUAUUUUCUUUUAACAAAGCUUUGACGUGUAAUGAAGUUUUUUUUUAUUUUUUCUUCAAAAACGAAGUGAGAUACGAAGACAUCAAGAGACAAAAAAGUUGCAUCAUUUGCUGCUUAUAAAAAAAUACAUGUUUCUUCUAAAAAUCAGCGGCAUACAUUUGCUUGUAGUAUCUUGGAAAUCAGAUUCUCAUGGCAAUUGUUUAUAUGAACUUUUCUACCUACAUACGAGAUCUGAAGAAAUCUGAAAUGUAUUUCAACCUAAUGCCUACUACAGUCAUGCAUUUCUUUUAACAAGAUAAAAUGUGUUCUUAGAGCAGGUAUGUAAUGAGAGUUUUAAAUGUUAUCAAGUUCCAGCUGCUUCUUUCAUAUACAUCUAUGCAGAUUUUUGUAUAGGAAUACAUUUCCCUACAUUACUGCAGUAUUAGAAAAUCUACAGAGAAAACAGUGAUAUGUAUAUCGAUUUUUGUUUGCAAUUUCUAUCACAACUGUCAUGGGACCUCUCUUUAUGACUGAGCAGUAAUGCGUAGAUGUAUUUGGAUGCUUAUAUAAUAGAAAUUAAUUAAAAUCUGGCGAGUACAUUAAUAGGCGACACGGAUAUGAUGACCAAACAUAAAUAUUCCAAACAGUACGACACGCAUAUUUUCAUUUGUUUCUUAGGAGGUAGUUUAUCUGUUUUGUGCUUAAAACAUUUAGAGUUAAGAUCAACAGAAUGAAUGUAUGUGUAGUCUUGUGAACUUUGAUCUGAAAAAGUUAGAUUCUGGAAUAUUAUUUAAAACAUAAAUGGUUUUUGAAUAAAUACUGAACAUCUAA